UAUUUUUUUUUCUGAGCGUAUCCUCUGUAAGGAUAAAAUAACCACAUACAAGCGCGCGUACCUGCACAUGAGCCAGGAGCCAGGUAAAACGAAUGUCGAUAAAUACCAGCCAGAAUGAUAGGUAAUGCUAAUCACUCUCUUAGUAGUAGGUGCAUAAUCUCCUUCUACCUGGAAGAUACGAGUAUAACAGAAUGGUUUCAGGUUAAUCCGGAAAUUCCCAUUUUAACAAAACCUCUAGACUUGAAGGUACUCAUCAGAAUGGCAUUUAGAAACAUUCCCUAAUAUUUGCAUCUUCGUUUCUCCAAACUAUUUGCUUUACACAGCAUCAAAUAUGACUCUUUUAGUAACUUUGUUACUAUUUUCAAACAAAAUUUUAAAUGUGUUGAGCUCAGCUGACGGUGAUUUUGUGGGUGAUUAUGAUUUUCAGCAUUGUGUUUGCGUACCUUAUUGGCAAUGCAAAGAAGAUUACAGUGGAUUGAUAGAGGAUGGAAUCGACAUAAUUGAUAUAAGGUCGGCUGAUACUGGUGACAAAUCUGGUAAAUACCCGUCUAGAUGCACAGGUGACUAUGAUGUCUGUUGCCAAGUGGAAUGUGGAAAAAGAAGAAUAGUGAGGAAUGGAGUCCUUACCAAUAGAAUGGGGGGCUAUGUAGAUUUUUUCGCUACCAGGAUUUUAGGCGAUAACAAUGAAGCUGAAUUUGCGGAAUUCCCUUGGAUGCUAGGGUUGCUGGAAGACAAAACUUAUAGAUGUGGUGCCUCCUUGAUUCAUCCCCAAGUGGCACUUACAGCAGCGCAUUGCGUAAUGGGCGACGGGCCAUUCAUAAUUAGGGCUGGAGAGUGGAAUUGGGAAUCAAGAGAAGAACCUCUCCCAUACCAAAACCAACAGGCAAAGGAGAUAAUCAUACACCCGCAAUAUCAUCCAGGCUCUUUACGUAAUGAUAUUGCCAUCUUGAUUCUGGAAGCACCCUUCAGACUGUCAGAAAACGUUGGCAUAGUAUGCCUUCCAUUCCAGGGUACGGAGUUCGAGGACAUCCGCAACCAAGGCAGCGACUGUAUCGCAACCGGCUGGGGCAAGAAUGCCGCGAGGCACGGCAAGUACCAAGCAACUCUAAAGAAGGUCUCUAUGCCGGUGCUACCUAGGAACGACUGCACGUGGAAGUUGCGCGAAGUCCGUCUGGGCCCCUUUUUCCGGCUCCACAAAAGUUUUAUAUGCGCGGGGGGUCAGGCAAACAAAGACACUUGCAAGGGAGAUGGAGGCAGUCCUCUAGUGUGCCCCAUUAGAGAACGGCCUGGAAAGUACCAACAGGCUGGGAUUGUUUCCUGGGGGUUGACGUGUGGACUGCACGCCACGCCUGGGGUUUAUGUUAACAUUGCGCUUUUUAGGGACUGGAUAGAUUUUAUUGUGCAGGCGUAUGGGUUUGACAGUACAGUAUAUCGUGUCACAUAAAUGUUUGAUAAUCAAUAAGAGAAGGGGGGAUUUUAUAGCUGCCGAAUUUGGCUGCUAGGUAACGUCUCAGAUCCGGAUUUUCCAUCGCUUGUUACAAGUUAACUAUUAUCUGACUGUUAACUUGUUUUUCAAUAUCUGGUUAACUAACCCGUGUCAGAGGAUCUGGCAACGCUACUUCUACGUCUGAACUAUCAUGAUUUGUGCGUUUUGUGAAGCUCGACGUUUGUGUCAUCUGCAUGUCACUCAUGUCAUAGUCAAGCAAAAAAGGUUAGGCAAUGCCUAAUAGGCAUGAAUGCUGGCUCAAACCUCCCCCAAAAUCCCAUGGCCUAGUACGUUUUUCCUUUGUUCUUAUACACUACAACAUGCUAUGUAUCACAUAACGGCGAUAUUUGCCCUUAAGACCCACCUCUCAGAUCUUUUUCUGGAUACGUCGGUGGUACUGUAACUACAACUUUUUAGUUAACCAGUAGAUGGUCUUCUGGUUAAAGUUAACUACCGUUUUAGGACAACCUGACACUGAAAAAGACGUUUUGAGAGUUUACUUCUGGUUAGCUGUAAAAUCGCAAUUUACCUGAAAUUGAAAAACCCGGUCUUAACAGACAUAAGCACCUAUUAGCCGCGGUUUUCAACUGUAAAUUUACUGUUAAUCAGAAGUUAACUCUCAAAAAGCCUUUUUCCUUGUAAUGUUCAUCCUGAAACGGUAGUUAACUUUGACCAGAGGGCCAUCUAUGCGUUAACUAGAAAGUUGAAGCGCAAUGCCUAGCAUAAAUUUUCUUAAUAGUGACACGAGUUGUCAUGGAUGACACGAAACACUGAGCUCAGACGUAAAAGCAGCGUUGCCGCAUUAAUAGUUAUGGGCUACUUGUCUAGAACUUCAAAAACGAACUUAUUGGAAACUGAUAGUUACCUUAAAAGUUUUAGUAACUGGCAAGUUAACUUGCGAUUGAAAAACUGGACCUUAAUAUUAUUUUAUGGUUGUUACUUAACUGUUUUUUAAGUGUUUCUUAAUGUGUGUUCCAGUAUGUUUAAAUAAACUAGAUUUUAACUUCUGAGGAUGGAGGUAUGAUUAAACAAGUCGCAUUCUUUCGAUCUGAUUGAAAUGAUCGAAUUAUUUUUGUGUUAGGUAUCAUCUCUACGUUGUGUAUUUCGUACCUAUAUCAUUGUCUCUUCCUAGUUCAAAAAGUAUAGGAUUUCUCCACACUUCUCAGAGUCACUAGUGUUACAAAAAUCAGUUCGAAAGACUGUAGCACUUAUUAUUGGUACCUUGAGCCGCAGUCGGAUUCUGUAGCUUAAGACUUAUGCCAUGAAAAAUAGGCAAUAAAAAUCGAGAACUAUUUAUAAACCUUGUCGAAAAGUGUUUAUAGCCUCCUGUUUAUGUGUUUGGAACAAUAUGUUGCUAAAAGCUGUGAAGUCUCGAGGCUGUUUAAUCUUUAUAUGUAUGUUGCAGAUGUGUCAACACGUAGAAUAGAGAUUCCCAUGAUCUCAAGUUUUUACAAGUAAAUUUCCAUGAUGUCACUUAAAAAAUCGGAAAAUGUAAAAAUGCACAGAGGACAAAAAUUGCUUCACCACUAGAUUUAGGGAUUUUGAAAAUCACAUUUUCUAACCAAAAUGUCACAAUCUAAUCAUGUGUAGCAAAAGUCAGCAUUGGCAUGAAAAAAGACAUUAUAAAUUUUACUGCGGAGUAAUGAUUUUAUUAUGCGUACGUUUUUUUUAUAUAAAUUUUGUAUUAGAAAUUAGAGAGUGUUUAGUGCAACAAAAAUAACGAAUCGUUAAUCCUUCCGUUACGAUAUAUUUGACAGCGAUAGCAAAUAAGGACGGUUGGAAAAACAAGAGUUUUUCUGAUGAUGUUAAAGUGUACCAUGUAAUUUGUCAGUACUGACUACUGACAAUCCUGACAGGUCGCUUUUUUCGAUUUUAACGUGAAGUCCAAAACAUCAAAAACCUUGUUAAAUUUUUUCAUAGAAAAGUUUCGGUAAUAUUUGUGUUCAAACCAAACAACAUCAAAGAUCCACAGAACAAUAAGUGUCCUCGAAAUCAACAGAUCUAUAAUAAAAUGCUACCUUACCGCAUUGUAUAUAUAAAAAACAGGACAAUUCAAUUUAGUUAGAACAUUGCCUGUUUCAUGAAUUUAUUUUGAUCUCAGAUUCACAACUUUCUGUUAUACUUUAACCAAGAUGUUUUUAUAACUUGAACUUUUAAUUGACCUUACCCAGCUUAUCGAAUUCUGUCAAUAGCGCUGAAUUUAAAACAUAAGCCAUCCCCUAUUCUCCGUAACUCACAGCAUUCUUAUUUUGAUAACGGAGAACGAAUGAUUGUUUCGCUACUACGUGAAAUCGAAAUAACGGAACAGCAAAACAAGAGCACUAAAAACUCUCUACCAUAUUUGUACUUGCAUGUUAUUUGUAAAUAAAUGUCAUAUAAUUUACAGUCAGUGUCUGCAGUUUAGCUAUAUACCCAAACCCAACCCAAAUCUUGAUAGUUUGAAC